AUGGAUAAGGGGAAGCCCGAAGAAAUUAACCUCCAGCAAGUCAUAGAGGACUUUAUGGAGCGGACCGAGGACGAGUCGGGCAUACCACGGGCCCGUAUUAAACGCAAACCGAUUCCGGUCGGGGACCCGUACGACGGCAACAAGGGCACCUUUGCAGCCUGGAAGUUCUGCAUAGACCGCAAGCUCCGAGUAGAUAAGGACUUCAUCGGGUCCGCCCAGGACCAAUGGAUCUUCGUUUGGCAAAACCUCUCGGCCAAAGUCCAGCAACGAGUUACAACGUACUUCAAAGAAGGCUCCCGCAUCGGUUACGACCCGUUCCAAUUCCUAACGUACCUCGAAUCGGCUUACAGCGACCCUUACUGCUAG